AUGGUUGCAUCAACCACCAUCAUGUUGUUCAUAGCUCUGGUUUACUGCCUCAGGAAAUCUUUGUACUGGUUAGGAAUCAGCAUAGGGAAAUCUAGGAUCCAACUUUCCCCUCUCUCCGUCAUAUUCGAGGGUGUGCGGUGCCAACGACGUCUGGCGACCGGCACGUCAAAUAUGUCCAUUUCUUCCAUACGAAUCCAAUUUCAUCUUCCGAAGCGCGCACACCCUCGAUGGCUCUCGUUUACUGCCACCGAAAUUGAGGAGAAACAACCAUCUCACCACCUUUCCGUCGCGACAAUACACGCGACAUUAUGGCUCUUUCCGUAUCUACUUCGCUUCACUAGCGGACCAUGGACGAACGUGGGCGUGGAUGAUUUCCGUUUGAGAAUAUACACCUCUCAAGCGACACCUGGAUGGGUCGCAGAUCUGCGGAGCAAUCUAAUUACCUCCAUACUCUCUGGGGAAUACCUAAGGCUGGACGAUUUGAAGACGGGUGUCCUCUUCGGGGACGAAUGGAAGAUAUCAGCAUCAGUACACAACUGGCAUAUCCUCAAUUGGCAGAACAGGAUCUAUUCCCUAGUCAAACUCGACGCCCAAUUACUUCGCAACUGGGUAAAUGACACGGGGAAGUUUGUGAUGAUAGCAGAGGAAUGCAGGUGGACCAAAGUGCGGUCGUUUGAGAAGCGAGGGGAUUCGUUUCUGUGGCAGAUGGUCUACUUUCCUUCCGACCUAUGGAAGUUCAUUCGCGAUCCCAUGAGUUUCAUCGACGUCUACUCGCCGAGGGCAGAUAUCACGUUCGAUAACUUCAGGAUUCGGGAUUCAGAGCUACUCAAAGAACUGGGAGCAAAGGCGAGAGAAAUGUACGAACAACACUACUAG